AUGAAGAAGCAGAAUCCGGCCAAGACACACAGACCGCCCAAAACGGUGCCCAAAAACGACCACUACCAGCGGCUCGGGUUUCUGUACCAGGCGGCUGCGCAACUGGAUCCUAACGGUGCGCUGUCAAGGAUGUACCUGCGCAACAUGGACGUAGUGGCCAAGAAGACGGUGCUCAAACUCGACCCCAGCUUGAAACGCACUAUCUGCAAGAAGUGCCACCGUCUACAGCUGCCCGGACGGACAGCCUCGAUUAGGAUCGAAAAUACCAGCAACGCCAAGAGCGCAGAAAAUGACGUUCUUGCUGUAUCGUGUGUGUGCGGAACGCUCAAACGGUACCCUAUAGGAAGAGCCCGCGACUACGUGCUUUUCAGCGACAAGAACGAGGUACAGGACGCUUAGCAUUCAUAGCAUCUAAUAGCAUUUAAUGAUUUAAUGUACAGGAGCUUCCACUUAGUAGAACUCGUCGGUCAAAAACGACGUCAGAUGGCCCUUGGUUCUCAGUUGCUUGUCCUCAAUCGCGUGUCUCUCCACGAUCUCCGUUUGUGCUUUUUUCCACUCGCCAAAGGCGGCCCCAUAGUCUAUUCUCGUCAGCUUUUCAAGUGGCUCGUCCUCCUUGUCGAUGUCCAGUUCGCCCAUCAUGACAACAUUCUCGCCUCUGAUUAGGAAUAUCUGCGGUUCCGUCGACUCGCCGUAACGCGACCUAUCCAGAUAAAUCCGUUCCACACCGUCGUGAAUGACAAGGUUGGCAAACUGGUCAAACGUUCUGAGCACGCCAAUAACGCUUCUGCCGUCUCUCAACAGCACAAACACCUUCCUGUCAACAGAGCCAAUAAUAGCAGCCGUCGUCGUAAACGAGUACGAUUGCAAAUAUAGGUCUUCCAGAUUCGAACUAGACCCACUCGACAUUAUUUAAAAAGCUUGUUUUUUCUUGACUCUUUUUACAUAAGCACUACCUACAUACACCCAUCUACAAGAAUUCUCUCGCCUUGCGUCUGUACUCGUUGCAGUCUCUGAGCCACUGUCUGUAGUCCUUGAGUGACCCAAUCUUCUCGCCGUAGUAGUCUGGCACAGGAUUAUUCAUGCUCUGUCUGGAGGCGUCCACUCUGCGCUUGAUUAUGUGUCUGAGAAACAGCUUUUGCUUGAUGCGGAAACUGUCCAUGAGCUUGCGGUUCUUCAGAGCAAACAAUGGAUCGCCAAUCAAGCUAGGCCCAACCAAAAAUCCCAGCACUCCCAUCGCCAAAAUGCCUCCAAUGUGAACGGUGAAAGUGUCUAGUCCGAAUAUGGUCUCUGUAGGGUCGAUCUCAAUCUGCGAAACGUAUCCCCAGGAGAUCGCAACGGCAAGGAAACUCGAGAUACCGGAUCCAAGCAACGACAUGCGGUGCUGUUCUUUUCUCAGAGCCAAAAACUGUUCCCACGUCAUUUUCUUUGCCAGCUCCAAUUCCUCAGGCGUCAGCUGGUUCUUGGAAGCGGCAGCCCUUGUGGACUGCAAACGCACAUUGACUUUCGGGAAAACUCCCGAGGAGAGUCCGACUCUGCUGCGCGAAC